UUACAGUGAAUGCUUGCUCUAUUGUAGGGUUUAUGUACAGCUGCAAGAAAAAGUAUGUGAACCCUUUGGAAAUACCCGGAUUUCUGCAUAAAUUGGUUAUAAAAUGUGAUCUGAUCUUCAUCUAGGUCACAACAACAGACAAACACAGUCUGCUUAAACUAACAAACACAAACAAUUAUACGUUUUCAAGUCUUUACUGAACACACUGUGUGAACAUUCACAGUGCAGGGUGGGAAAAGUAUGAAAACCCUUGGAUUUAAUAACUGGUUGACCCUCCUUUGGCAGCAAUAACCUCAACCAAAUGUUUUCUGUAGUUGCAGAUCAGACCUGCACAACGGUCAGGAGGAAUUUUGGACCAUUCCUCUUUACAAAACUGUUUCAGUUCAGCAAUAUUCUUGGGAUGUCUGGUGUGAACUGCUCUCUUGAGGUCAUGCUACAGCAUCUCAAUCGGGUUGAGGUCAGGACUCUGACUGGGCCACUCCAGAAGGUCAGGAGUCUGACUGGGCCACUCCAGAAGGUCAGGAGUCUGACUGGGCCACUCCAGAAGGUCAGGACUCUGACUGGGCCACUCCAGAAGGUCAGGACUCUGACUGGGCCACUCCAGAAGGUCAGGACUCUGACUGGGCCACUCCAGAAGGUCAGGACUCUGACUGGGCCACUCCAGAAGGUCAGGACUCUGACUGGGCCACUCCAGAAGGUCAGGACUCUGACUGGGCCACUCCAGAAGGUCAGGACUCUGACUGGGCCACUCCAGAAGGUCAGGACUCUGACUGGGCCACUCCAGAAGGUCAGGACUCUGACUGGGCCACUCCAGAAGGUCAGGACUCUGACUGGGCCACUCCAGAAGGUCAGGACUCUGACUGGGCCACUCCAGAAGGUCAGGACUCUGACUGGGCCUCUCCAGAAGGUCAGGACUCUGACUGGGCCACUCCAGAAGGUCAGGACUCUGACUGGGCCACUCCAGAAGGUCAGGACUCUGACUGGGCCACUCCAGAAGGCCUAUUUUCUUCUGUUGUUGAUUUACUUCUGUGUUCUGGGUCGUUGUCCUGUUGCAUCACCCACCUUCUGUUGAGCUUCAAUUGGUGAACAGAGCCUUACAUUCUCCUACAAAAUGUCUUGAUAAACUUGGGAAUUCAUUUUUCUGUCGAUGAUAGCAAACUGUCCAGGCCCUGCGGCAGCAAAGCAGCCCAAACCAUGAUGCUCCCUCCACCAAACUUUACAGUUGGGAUGAGAUUUUGAUGUUGGUGUGCUGUGCCUUUUUUUUCUCCACACAUAGUGUUGUGUGUUCCUUCCAAACAACUCAAUUUUAGUUUAAUCUGUUCUCAGAAUAUUUUCCCAGAAGCACAGUGGAACAUCCAGGUGCUCUUCAGACGUGCAGCAAUGUUUUUUUAGACAGCAGUGGAUUCUUCAGUGGAGUCCUCCCAUGAACACCAUUCUUGUUUAGUUUUUUACGUAUCGUAGACUCGUCAACAGAGAUGUUAGCAUGUUCCAGAGAUUUCUGUAAGUCUUUAGCUGACACUCUAGGAUUCUUCUUAACCUCAUUGAGCAUUCUGAGCUGUACUCUUGUAGUAAUCUUUGCAGGACGGACACUCCUAGGAAGAGUAGCAACAGUGCUGAACUUUCUCCAUUUAUAGACUAUUUGUCUUACCGUGGACUGAUGAACAUCAAGGCUUUUAGAGAUACUUUUGUAACCCUUUCCAGCUUUAUGCAAGUCAACAAUUCUUAAUCUUAGGUCUUCUGAGAUCUCUCUUGUUCGAGGCAUGAUUCACAUCAGGCAAUGCCUCUUGUGAAUAGCAACCUCAAAUUUUAUGAGUGUUUUUAUAGGGCGAGGCAGCUCGAACCAACAUCUCCAAUCUCAUCUCAUUGAUUGGAAUCCAGGUUAGCUGACUCCUGACUCCAAUUAGCUUUUGGAGAUGUCAUUAAUACCUCUUUGGGCUAGGGGGCGGUAUUUUCACGUCCGGAUGAAAAGCGUGCCCAAAGUAAACUGCCUGCUACUCAGGCCCAGAAGCUAGGAGCUGCCAGUCUGCAAGGAGCUGCCAGUCUGCAAGGAGCUGCCUUCCUCCUCUACAGCGCUGCUGGAGUCUCCUGCCUGUUCAGCGCAGCCAGAGCUGCCAGCCUGCAAGGAGCAGCCAGAGCUGCCAGUCUGCAUGAAGCAGCCAGAGCUGCCAGUCUGCAUGAAGCAGCCAGAGCUGCCAGUCUGCAUGAAGCAGCCAGAGCUGCCAGUCUGCAAGGAGCUGCCAGUCUGCAUGGAGCUGCCAGUCUGCACGGAGCUGCCAGUCUGCACGGAGCUGCCAGUCUGCACGGAGCCGCCAGAGCUGCCAGUCUGUAAGAAGCCACCAGAGCUGUCAGCCUACAUGGAGCAGCCAGAGCCGCCAGUCAGCGUGGAGCAGCCAGAGCCGCCAGUCAGCAUGGAGCAGCCAGAUCCGUCAGUCUGCCAGGAUCCGCCAGUCAGCCAGACUCUUCCAGAUCCGCCAGUCAGCCAGACUCUUCCAGAUCCGCCAGUCAGCCAGACUCUUCCAGAUCCGCCAGUCAGCCAGACUCUUCCAGAUCCGCCAGUCAGCCAGACUCUUCCAGAUCUGCC